AUGAGCGAAUAUUGCAAAAGAAUUGAAAUCUUGGGAGAAGUGCAAAUAUUGGAGAGAUUGAAAAAGACAAUAGCGAUGCCGAGAGAGAAAGGAGGUUCUCAACCUGAGUUCUAUGACAAAGGAAUAGUCACUUUUGAAGUACACCAUGGAGGUAGAAUGAGGGAGAGGGGUCCUAUUGCAGGAAACCUAACUGCUAAAUUUGAACAUGAAGAUGAGAGUAAUGAACAGUCUGAUUAUGAGGGUAUGUAUGAGGAUGAUGAAGUUGACGAAGAGGCUACAAAUAUGGAGGAAGAGGGUGAUGACAUUACUAUUGAUGAGGCUAUAAAUGAGGAGGUUGAGGGUAAUGAAGAGGCUGAGAAUGAGAAAAGUGUUGAAAAUGUGAAUGAAGACAAUGAAGAACAUGAGAAAGACCCUGAAUUUUAUGACAGUGUAUGA